GCUUUUUAUUCCCUUAUGCACAUGGCUUGUGGGCACGACUUCCGAAUAGACGUUAAAAUAACUGAGCACAAAACCAAAGACCAUUAUCGUGUUGGAACAUUGAUACUUGAACAAUUGGGUGAAACUGUGGAAAUUGGACCUAAUGACGGAAUCAACCCUCCGACAUUUCUGCUAACCCCUACAAGUGGAACACCAAUAAAUGAAGCCGACUUUCCGGGUUACCAUGGUACCUACAACCAGUUCCUAUUAAGCAAACAUGGCAACUCUUAUCACGUUACAAUGGAUCUCGACUUGGACGGAUAUUACGACAUUGUCGUCAAGUGGGGGGUCAAAAAAGUAGAUAUCGACGUUACCCAGCCUUACAGUGAAUGCUAUGAAAUCCAUGGUUUAUGUGGCGAUGCAAAUGGAAGUCCUGAAUUUGAGAGGAUUACAUCGGAAGGUGUGAAUGCAACAAGUGAUACAGAAUUUCACAGAAGUUGGGGUGAAGGAAAUGGUUGCGGGACUUCAGGCGGACAUUAGACCAGGUAAUGUGGAGACAAACCGUCAACAACAUUAUGACCUACAAGCAGAUACAAGUUAUCAAAAAUCACUGAAUACACAGAAAUGUGUGAUGUAAUUUUAAUUAAUAACGUAUGGGUGGAAGGUGUGCACUAUAAUGUGCUGGGUGCUGUAGAAUAAAUAAAAUGACAAAUGU